GUCGGUGGACCUGACGUCAAAGAGCGACAAGAGCGACAUCGUCAUGUUCUGCAACACCGCCUUCUCACGCCUCAAGGGCUCCGACCGACACCUGCCUCAGGUGGAGCGGAUAUCUGAGCUGCUACGGCGGGGCAUCGGGGUGCACCAUGCGGGGCUGCUGCCCAUCGUGAAGGAGGUGGUGGAGAUGCUCUUCUGCUCGGGGCUCAUCCGAGUGCUCUUCUCAACCGAGACAUUCGCCAUGGGAGUCAACGCACCCGCUCGCACUGUGGCCUUCCAUGCGCUCAAGAAGCACGACGGCCGCUCCUUCCGCAUGCUGCUGCCGGGGGAAUACACCCAGAUGGCAGGCCGGGCGGGCAGGAGAGGGCUGGACAAGUUUGGCACGGUGAUCAUCUGCUGCUGGGACAACGACGAGGUGCCCAGCGAGGUGGAUCUGAGGCGGGUUCUGACUGGCAAGGCGACCAAGCUGGAGUCGCAGUUCCGCCUCUCCUACGCCAUGAUCCUCAACCUGCUGCGCGUGGAAGAUCUUACGGUGGAGGACAUGCUCAAGCGCAGCUUUGCAGAGGCACAUGCGCAGCGGCUGCUGCCCCAGCAGCAGAAGAUGCUGCAGGCCGGGGAGGAGUCUCUGGCGCAGCUGGCCAAUGCGGAGCCCAUCAGCUGCAUUCUUGGCGACCCCUCGUUGAUAGAGCACUACUAUGACGUGGCAAGUGAGGCGCGCGAGCUGGAUGCCGCCCUGCAUGACGUGGUCAUGAGGUCACGCCAGGCCACUCAGCUGCUGACACCUGGCAGGGUCGUUCUCGUGCAGCCUGCUCAGACUGCCUCCCCCCACGUGGCUGCUCUGCUCAAGGGCCCCUUCGGCCCCACGCCAGCCAAGCACUCCUUCCUUGUGCUCUCGCUGCCCAAGGCGCAGCACAGCGCAGCGGAUGCAGUGGGAGGGAGUGGAGAGGGAGGAGAGGAUGGAAUGGGGCAUGGAGCGGAGAGGAGGGAGGAGGACGGCAGCCGCAUGGGUCGCUCAUUCAACCACGUGACAGUGCUGGGGACGGGGCCCAACGGCCCUAUAGUGGUCAACAUGCGGUUACCGCAUCAAGGCACUGUAGCGGGCACGUGUUACAUGGUGGAGCAGAUUCCUGCCGCCCAGCUGGUGGGGGUGUGCCGAGCCAAGGUGGCUCUGGAUGUGCCGAGCCUGCUGGAGGAGGUUCGGGUGCCGGCGUAUGCUGCAGCGGUGCAGGCGCUGGUUCAGGUUCGGGAGGAGUGUGCUCCUGCCGACCCUCCCCUCAUUGACCCAAUCAAAGACCUCAAGAUCGCUGACUCAGCAACCGCCACCAUGCACAAGCGCCAGCUGGCUCUGCGGGAGUUGCUGCCUCGCAGCCCGUGCCACGCGUGCCACCGAUUGGACAAGCACUACGCUGCUGUCGCCUCCCGCCGCCAUCUGUCACAGCAGGUGGAGCAGCUCAAGGCGAUGACGAGCGAUCAGGCACUGCAGCAGCUGCCAGACUUCCAUCUCAGAGUGGAGGUGCUGCAAACCCUCGCCUUCAUUGACUCCGACCGUAUUGUGCAGCUCAAGGGGCGCGUGGCGUGUGAGAUGAACAGCGCCGACGAGCUGCUGGCCACGGAGUGCCUCCUCCACCACCACCUUGCUGCGCUCUCGCCGCCCGAAGCCGUGGCGCUGCUCUCGGCGUUUGUCUUCCAGCAGAAGGACGCGUCUCCGCCCCAGCUGACUCCUGAGCUGGCGCACGCCAGGAACAAGCUGCUGGACCUGGCGUAUUUCCUGGGCGACCUGCAGAGGCGGGUGGGGCUGCCCACGUCAGCGGAGGAGUAUGCAGCAGCCACGCUCAACUUCGGGCUCAUGGAGGUCGUCUAUGAGUGGGCGCUGGGCACGCCCUUCGCCGACAUCUGUCCGUUGACCAACGUGGCGGAGGGCACCAUCGUGCGCACCAUCCUGCGGCUGGACGAGACGUGCCGCGAGUUCCGCAACGCGGCCCGGCUGCUGGGCAACGCGGAGCUGAUGGCCACCAUGGAGGCGGGGUCCGCCGCCAUCAAGAGGGACAUUGUCUUUGCUGCUUCGCUAUAUGUCUCAUGAGGCGCUCAUCUCAUGUGUGGUUGAAACUGCGACUUGGGACAGCAGCUGGGGAAUGCAGGGCAGAUGGAGAAGUUGGAUGCUGUCUCUGCUCUGCUCUGCUGCCAUCAAACAGGACAUUGUCGUUGCUGCCUUGCUCUGUGUUGGGGUGGUGUUUGGCUGUUCAAGCAGAUGGUGAUUGGCUGUUCAAGCGGAUGGUGAUUGGCUGUUCAAGCAGAUGGUUCUUGGCUGUUCAAGCAGAUGGUGCUUGGCUGUUCAAGCGGAUGGUGCUUGGCUGUUCAAGCGGAUGGUGCUUGGCUGUUCAAGCGGAUGGUGCUUGGCUGUUCAAGCGGAUGGUGCUUGGCUGUUCAAGCGGAUGGUGCUUGGCUGUUCAAGCGGAUGGUGCUUGGCUGUUCAAGCGGAUGGUGCUUGGCUGUUCAAGCGGAUGGUGCUUGGCUGUUCAAGCGGAUGGUGCUUGGCUGUUCAAGCGGAUGGUGCUUGGCUGUUCAAGCGGAUGGUGCUUGGCUGUUCAAGCGGAUCGUGCUUGGCUGUUCAAGCGGAUGGUGCUUGGCUGUUCAAGCGGAUGGUGCUUGGCUGUUCAAGCGGAUCGUGCUUGGCUGUUCAAGCGGAUGGUGCUUGGCUGUUCAAGCGGAUGGUGCUUGGCUGUUCAAGCGGAUGGUGCUUGGCUGUUCAAGCGGAUCGUGCUUGGCUGUUCAAGCGGAUGGUGCUUGGCACAGCAAGGGACUGUACCACAUGCCUAACCUCGCAAGGGAUGACUGGUAUGACCGUGUUACCUUGGGUAUCCUAGAAUCACUCG